AUGGAUGGUAAACAAGCACAGAACGAUGCUGAAGAGGUAUCUGAGCCCUCUGAAAUUGUCUCCCCCCCUUUGCCAUCUUCCAAAAUUUCUUUCUUUCGUUCAACGUUCUUCCAAGCCCUGGUUAUCGCAGGUGUGUUCUUCUGUGGCCCGGGCAUGUACGGAGCGCUGAAUGCACUGGGCGCGGGAGGGUUGAAAAGCCCACUGCUGGUGAACAUCACGUCUGGGCUAUCCUAUGGGCUCAAUGUCAUCUUUGCACUUCUCACUGGAGUCUUCGUGAACAUUUUGGGGGAGCGUAUUGUAUUGAGCCUCGGGGUAAUAGGCUUCAGCAUCAAUGGUGCCUCGUUGUAUUGCAACAACAUGUUUGGCAAUACCUGGCUUAUGUACUUUUCCUCUGCUUUGCAGGGAUUUACGACAGCACUUCUUUGGGUUGUCCAAGCUGCGAUCAUGCUGGCGUACCCAGAGCCGGACUUUAAAGGCAGGUUCAUCGCUAUCUGGUAUACCUCCAUCGCGUUGGGUCAGUCAGUCGGAGGAGCUCUUGCUCUUGGUUUCAAUGUGUCGAAUAAAGAAGCCGGCGCUGUUACUCCGGUCACGUACAUCCCCCUCAUCGCAAUUGCUGCUUGCGGUCCCUUCAUUGCACUUUUGAUAUCUCGACCACAUCAAGUCAUUCGUCGAGACGGUGUGAAGGUUUUGUCGAAGAAGCAGCCAAACGCAUGGCAAGAGGCAAAGAGGGUAUUUAGUGCCGUGAAAAGACGAGAAAUGCUUCUCCUUCUGCCUCUCUUCAUCUACUCGCAAUGGUUCCUCUCCUACAACAGCACCUUCACAGCAGUUUAUCAUUCUGUCCGCGGCAGAGCCCUUACUUCCCUCACGAGUGCGUUCGCAGGAGUUGCUGGGACCUUUGCAGCCGGGGUCUUUCUCGACAACCAGAAACUCAGUCGAUCGACCAAGUUCCGCUGGUCGUAUUUUGCCAUCUAUGCGCUGUACACUCUGACAUGGGUAUGGGACACGGUUGUGCAAUGGUAUUAUUCCAAGACGAAUCCGGUGGGUUUGGAUUGGGCGCAGUCCGAGUUCUACGCGAGCUUUCUCUUAAUUCUUGUCAAGGGGUUUGUCGACCAUGCUUUCCAAACGUGGAUGUAUGCGCUCAUCGGCACUCUGACGGAGGAUGUCGACGAACUGACUAGGUAUACCGGGUUCUUGAAGGCCGUGAAUACGGGUGGUGCAGCAUUAGGUUAUGCCGUUCAGACGAAGUGGAGUAUGAUGGGGUCAGAAGCGCUGUUAGCUUCUAUCAAGUCACCACUAGUCAUGGCGUAUGGAACACCCCGGCGUAUGACUUUAGCGGCGAGCAUGUAUUUGUUUCAUCAUAUAUUCCUUCCACCAAAGCUCCCACAGGCCGAUGACUACAACGGAGAGUACGGAAUAAUCCUUCUCGACAUAGUUUGUGAUGCCCUGCGUGACUUCAGUUCCCAUGUCCAGAGCCCAGAUGCCGGUAUCAUAAAAGGAGGAUUGUCAAUGAUGGAUGGCCUGAGAGCUACUUUUGGAACCGAAAGCGAAGUGAAUGAGAGACAAUUGACAGAGGCUCUACAGAAAUUGGAUACAGAAGGUGGCUUUCUCCCUAUUUAUGUUCGGGACCAAAAUGCAGCAAUAUUGCUCACAACGACUGAGAGUGCAAUCAAUGUGGAAUCUUUUGAACUAUCUCCUCGCAACGGAGAUGUCAUGUCGACAGUUGGUCGUCUCCAACGGGUUUUCCCAGGGCCUACUAUCGCUUUCAACCGGAGCACUUUUAGUGAUCCACGAUUCCUCAAGGCUUUCGCCCAAACUGUUGCCAGAAUGAGCAACCAGACUGCCCCAAACACCCUGAUGAAAGUGAAAAAAGCCGGUCAAAUGCACAAUGAGGAUCGAGAUACGACGCACCCAAAGAUGGUGACAGAAUUUAUUAUGGCUAUUCUGCGUCCUCGAUCAACUGAAGUACAUGCGCUGCAGAUUCAGAAGAACACUCGCGAAGAGAUUCUGUGGAGCAAUUGUCGCUCGCCAUGGCGAAGGUCUGCCCUAUGGUUGCUGGUCCGAGUGGUACUUCAUUUGAUCUUUUACAGAGAAAGAAAGUCUGAUGACCUGUACAAAAGCUUUAUGGUUUUUUUUAUGACAUCAAUCAUCAGACUAUCUCCAUUGGAAAUGACGAGUGAGAACCUGUAUCUGAUGAAUGCGAAAGUUGCCCGACGAAUUCUCAAGCUAGGGCUAUCUGAUGAGCCUUCCUGGUUCAAAUCCGUCCAACAGAGUUUGAGACAAACGAAUGAUACAAUCAAGACCAGAUGGCAAGAAAGUAUGCAACGAGAGAAUCAGCCAGAUAUGCAGUCAUUGAGAGAAUUAGAAUUCAUGCGGGAUAUCUAUCAUGAACUUCCCAAUCUCGAUCAGCAUGUUGCGAGCAUUCAUGAUCGACGCGAUGCUAAAAACCCAGCUUUCCAAAAAUACCAACCUCAGCUGAAGCUUUACUUGUGCAAGGCCACAGAGCUUCCGGUGCACCUGGAUAUGGCCGAUGCCGAGUAUCAAAUUUUCAACCUUGUUGCGAUGGAAGAUUGGGUGGCAGUAAAUCUCGAUCGUUGGUUAGACGGUCACCGAGGCAAAGAAGACACGUGCGGUCGACUUGGUGAACUGAUGAUUGCCUACCACAAUUCUGCGUCUCCACUGUAUUCAAAGAACCCCGAGGCGUUGUCUGUCAUGGUACUUACCAUCCUGGAGCUUUGGAUUGCAUGUGACAAGUCUGCCAUGAAUUUGCAUCGUCUUUUGCGCGAGUAUGAUCCGGGCGUACCGAGAUUUAUAUUCCGGUCACUUUUACUGCCUUUCGAAUCUCAAAUGGAUAGAUUAGCUCGCGCCGAAGAGUAUUUGCGCCAACGUGAGAAUGCCGUGAGAUACCCAGGGAGCUCUGUUUUUCAAGACUUUGGCACGCAAUCGUGCUUCUCUGUCCGAUAUUUCGACCAGUCGGACAGCCACCAACUACUUCUCGAGGCAAUUGAGAACCGAGCAACACGCGAAAGAGCAGAGAAAAAGUCAGAGCUUCUGCAAAAACAGCAAAGAUAUAACCGGUUAAAAGAGUUGGCCGCCAAUACAGAAUGCAAAUAUGUGGAUGUUGUUCUGGACGCACAAUUCGACAUACGGGAGUAUCGUCAUAGUUCCAACUGUGCUCGUUGUGGAUACGAAGCUGAGGCUAAUGGAAUCAGCAUCAGUGUCCAUGAGUGGCCUUUAUCCGCCGACGCUUUGCAGGCCAAAUCAACAGUCUUUGAGCUGAGGGUUCCUCGAACUUUCGGAGAUUGGCGAGAAGCAACCAUAUUUUUCAUCUCUAAAGCUUUGGGUUACCAGUAUUCUGCCAUAAGGUCGCCGAGAGCAACAUACGAGCCAAAUACAUACCAGGGUCUUUCCACAGACUUCGUCGCCUUCAAAGGUUGUCAAAGAAUUGGUCUUCUCUCGCAAGAGAAACCCCACGAAGCGACCCACCGAAAGAAUCAGCGGAUUAUCAACGUAGAUGUAAGCGACAUUUGCCUGUUGAAUGGGCUACACUUUCGGUAUUUCGACCAUGACCUUAGGUGUUUUGUUGAAGAUUUCCAACCCACACUCAAAAUUGCGAAGAUGUGCACGUAUCAAAUGCCACAGGACAGCGUGUCUCUGCAGCAGUUUCUGUUCCGACCCGCAAAGGAGCCGAAUGGCCCUCCUCCCAAUACUGUCAUCGCAAGUCAGUUUGCCGCCCCACCGAAAGUCUCAUUGGAAGAAUACAAGUCGCUCACAACAAUGCCACUGGGCGUGAAGCUCCAAUGGCAAAAUAUCCUGUUGGAGCUAUCCACAUCAGCGGUAGACUUCAAAAAGGUUGAAACGGUGAUAUUUAUCCUUCAAAUCAUCAACCAAGCUGGUCCACCGCAGUCGCAUGCCAAGAUGAGAGAGGGACAUAGAGUUCUGAGUGACGAGACUUUUGUAGUUGCAUUACUCGAUCGUAUCCAAGAGGCUAAAGAAAGGAUGAAAGAGAACUGGGCCUUGGUCCAAGGCCUGUACGCGCUUAUAUGCCUGGUAACGAGAAUUCUGUCGCUCUCAUCUUCUCCAGAUAUCGAAACUUUAUGCCUUCACCACCUGAUGGAGUUUAGGCAGAUUACGCUUCAUUGGACCAGCCUUGUGAAAGAGGAGAUCAAUCAAGUCACCGAAGACAAUCACAGAACUCUUCUAAUUGCGAAGAAUUUCCACAUUGCUUUGGUAUGUGCGGAGACGUUCAAUGUUGAGAACAUGAUUCCCAUAUUUGCAACACCACUAGAUUUGUCCAUCUAUAUCCAGUGCUGUAUGAUGAUUCAUAAUUUGAAGGGCUCCUUAUCCAUGGAAACUGAUCCAUUGAUGUCAAUUUUGUACUAUCGUUGGCAAAACCUGACCUACCGCAGCCACCCAUUGCUGGUAGCUAAGAUUGUUGUUGGACAUGACCCAGGAUUAAACAUGGCUAUCAAGGAAGCUUGGGCGGCCUACACCCCACAUAAGAGUUGGUCGAAGGCGCUGAAUGAGUGUGACUAUUGGUUGACUACACAGACUGCGCCUCAACCCGCUCAUGAUGCCGGUAUGUUGGUUCAUCUGAAUCUGAUGACAGGGGAGCUGCUUGUCAACGGUCUUCCGUUGGCUCGUCUGCCUUCAAAUUAUGAGCAACAUCGAGCCUACCAGACCCUGUUCGGGAAGUCCCAGUUGGAAGUGAUGCCAAGUGACAUACCCGGGAUGCAGUUCUCUUGUAGGAAGCAAUAUAUGGCGCAUACUGUCUACUUGGGACUCGACCGCGGUGACCUGCUGGUUCGAGCGGCUGAAGAAGAUAACGCGUGGGAGCUUAUUCCAUCGAGAUUGUUCAUCGGUUUACUCCCUGAUGACUUCGUGGAAAGCUAUACACACUGGUACUCUGUAAACGAUGGAUAUAUUGAGUUUAGACCUGCCAAGACUCCCUGGCGUUCAUCUAAAUUCAAUUGGCGUCUACGGAAAUCCCAAUCACGCACUGUUUGGUAUCUGGCGAGAAACGGCACCUACUUGGUCAGCAUGACGAGUGGAACGGCAAAAUUACUUUCCGCAAUAUUUCAUCCGGUGGAGAAAGCUUCGAGGCUGCACUGCAUAUUACAUUGGCGAGAAAUAGCCGUAGAGGUUGAGAUACCUCGUCUUCGAUUAGAGUUUUUCUUACAGGCGAAAUGCUCCUUGAUUCAAUCUCGACAGUAUCCUGGAAUGUCGGUAGAUCCCAACCAGUCGCUUGAUACAUUAAUCGGACUGCGCAACAAAAUAUUGCUGGUCAAAAACAAUGCUCAAGAUCGAGUGCUUCUCAUACCCGAGGGCGAUGUAACAUGGGAGAAGAACGGUGAUCAUGUGGGCGUCAAGAUACUGUGGAGGCCCGAGACCAAUCUCCAUGCGUACGGCAUUGAUAUUGAGAUAGGCCGUGUCAUUGACAAUGGAAGCUUGCAAAGCAAGCUCUUCUUGUCCUAUUUGCAUGCUCUGACAUCAUCUUGUCUGUCUGACCCUUUGUUAAAAAAGACCGGAACCGAGCAGGCGCUAUCUAUCCUUCGCUGUGCGUCGGUCAGGUCUUUUGAUAAACUCGCACCAGAACACGUGUAUCUCCUCGAAAAAAUCGCUCUACUCACUCCAGGGAGAAGAUACUAUCCUGCCAAUGAGCGCGUCAUGCAAGAAGUUCACUGGCAGCCUCAUCUAAGCUCCUUAUCUCAGCAUAACGGAUUCUACGAGGAGGUGAAAGCGAUACUGGACCAAGACCGUCAAUCUCGUCGUUUCGAGUGUCAGGAUUUGGCGGAGACGACCACUCGCAAGAGUACGACUCACGCCAUGAAGGCCUUGACCGUAUUACGCGAAACUACCAACGGGUCACAAGUUUUCACCAUUUGCAAGAUGAUCUACGAGAAAAUCCCCUCUGUGAGAAAUAUCGAAGCAGGUUUGCUUAUGCCUCAUAUUUGGAAAUUUCUUUUGCAAGCCCCUCAGGUGGUUGGGCCGAGUGUCCAAGUCGACGUUGCCAGGAUAAGAUACGACGCACAGUUGAUUCAAGAGCCUGGAAUGUUCGUUGCAAGCCAUUGGUGCAGCAUUCAUCGCCUACUUUGCUCCCAUAACCCCUUUCUGGACAUGUUCCAGGUAAUGAUUUGGCUGUCAACGAUGGCAUUUUCGGAAAAAGGAGAUAUUGUGGUCUUGGAAACUCUUGCAUCAUUGUUUAUAAUGCCCCAAGCAGCGUCUGAAAUGCCGCCCACUCGAGCCUCCUUCCGACCAGAAUUGGGGUGCGAAUUCGACAGGGCUCGAUUAGAACUUCGGAUGAAAGGAAUGUAUAGUGCGCAGACGCCCGUAUCUAACUUCGUACGUAAGGCGCACGAAACAAGGAAACAGUUCCGUUCAAGCAAAAACAAGGUACUCACGAGGAACCGAACCCUGGUAAUUGAAAACAUGAUGAAUCACUUGAAACGCCAGUGGGAAGAUCGUACUUUUUCAAAUCCGGCCCCCGACGCUGAUCCAAAGAUGGCUGAUUAUCUGAAUGUGCGAGAUGUCUUGGAGAGCGCCAGGGAAUGCUUCACUAGCUGGCGCGAGAAUGGAGAGUUGAGGCAGUAUCUCACCAAGCUUGGGAAUCUUCUCGGAGGUGGCAUGGCUCAAUCGGUUGAGCUGCCCCCGUACCGGUAUUCCUAUCCAGACCAUACUGUACAUGUGCGACAGAAAAGCAGAUCAGUACGCCUCGAUGAUUUAUUGAUCCAUCCACCGGAUCUCGAGAUAACCCAACCAGAAUUGCAAGAAGUCAAAGGCAUUUUUUCGCCUAGCAAGCUGCCUCUACACCGUAUCACUGCUUUAGUCGAGACUUUGAGAUUGCAAGCCAAAUCAAGUUACGAGAUGUGGUACGUCGACCAGCUGCAGAGCAGUGCUACAUCAUUACAGAAGGCUGAAAGAGUAACGAAUACUGGACCAUUGACAAACGACCUGAAAGACCGUAUCACUGACUACAUUGUCAUGUGCCAAGAAUAUGCGGAUGGGAUAUACGCCAGGAUCAUCGCCCAGAUAUCGCAGCCCAGCACGACAAUUCUGGGGCCGAGAGACUCUAUGAGUGUCAAAGUUCUUGCCACAUUAGCUGCUGUGAAUCAAUGGCCGAGGGUGUCGCCACUCCAUUUGCUCGAACAACUGUCGCGCAGCACCUGGCAUCGACUACCGAUUGGUUGGAAGCGAGCAUUAAUUAUGUAUGGAUGUGCUAUCACAGCACUUCAACGGGCAAAAAGACUCGCUGGCCUUACCAACAAAUGUGAUGAGUUCGUAAAGGAGCUUCAAAACCCUGGACAUGAAAACUGGGAUCCCUUAGAAUACCCCGAGUCCCUUUUGAUGGAGAUAGAGAAUGGGAUUCUGAUCCGGGACGUCCAGGAAGAUAUUGCCAGGCAGAUGAUGCAGUUUGGUCCGGGUGAGAAUGCCGUCAUGCAACUGAAUAUGGGCGAGGGUAAGUCGUCGGUCAUCGUUCCUAUUGUGGCCACAGCUCUUGCAAACGGGUCGUGUCUUGUCCGAGUGAUUGUCGCAAAGCCACAGUCUAGACAAAUGUUUCAGAUGCUCGUUUCGAAAUUGGGAGGCCUACUGGGGCGACGCGUAUAUCAUAUGCCUAUAUCGCGAUCAGUCAAGUUAGGACAAGAAGAGGCCGAUGAAAUUGAGCGGAUGUGCCGUGAAUGCAUGGAUCAAGGCGGCGUUUUGCUCGUCCAGCCAGAACACAUACUUUCAUUGAAGCUCAUGUGCGUCGAGUGCUUCAUCUUAGGAAAAGAGGAGGUGGGUCAUUCUCUACUACGAACCCUGAAGUUCUUCCAGGAAUCUUCGCGUGAUGUCGUGGACGAGAGCGACGAGAACUUCAAUGUGAAGUUUGAGUUGAUCUAUACCAUGGGAACUCAGCGUUCUAUUGAGUUCAGUCCUCAGAGAUGGGUGAUUGUACAUCAGGUAUUAAACCUGGUGCGUGCAUAUGCUUCUGGUGUCAAAGAAGCGUUCCCAAGAUCAAUUGAGGUGGAGGAGCAACAGCCCGGGAGCUUUCCUAGACUUCGGUUACUUAACCGAGAUGCUGAAAACGAGCUUCUUUCGCGCAUAGCAACCCACAUCUGUGAUUAUGGGAUCGGAGCCCUGCCAAUCUCCAGACAGCCCCAUGGGGUCCGAAAAGCUGUGCUCACAUACAUAACGAAGGCUGAGCUGACAAACCAGGAGAUUGCGGCGGUUGAAAGCGACGGACCAACAGGUUUUUGGACAGAGACUACCAAAGAGCCGCUCCUGUUGUUGCGCGGUCUGCUAGCUGGGGGAGUAUUGGCUUUCUGCCUUACCCAGAAACGCUGGAGAGUCAAUUACGGACUUGAUCCUAACAGAGAUCCUGCGACGAAUCUUUGCGUCCCCUACCGAGCCAAAGACAAUCCUUCUCUUCGGUCUGAAUUCAGUCACCCCGACGUUGUCCUGAUACUGACGUCUUUGAACUACUACUUCUCCGGAUUAAAUGAUGGCGAUUUGCUUUUGGCCUUUCUUCACCUGGUCAAGUCAGACCAAGCCGAUAUUGAAUACCAAGAGUGGGUCAAAGAUACAUCGUCGCUUCCACAUGUCUACCAUCAGCUCGUUGGAGUUAAUCUGGAUGAUCAGCAGCAUUGUGCAGCCCGUAUUUUUCCUGCUCUCCGAUUCUCGAAGUCGGCAAUAGAUUAUUUCCUCUCUCAUAUUGUCUUUCCCAAAGAAGUCAAAGAGUUUCCAGACAAACUGUCCGCAUCAGGCUGGGACAUUGGAGAGGUCAAAGAUAACCCAACAGUUGGCUUCAGUGGAACAAACGACUCACGGAAGACGUUGCCUCUGAGCGUCCAACAGCUGGACCUGCCAGAGCAAAAUCACACCAAUGCCUUGGUCUUAGAGUACCUUCUGCGACCUGAAAACUCGGUAGUAUGUAUCCCGGAUUCCCACAACCUAGCUCAGUCGGAUGCCCAGCGUCUGCUGGAUCUUGUCUCGAGUUUGGACCCGUCGGCUCAGGUAAUCCUUGAUGUCGGGGCGCAGAUCCUGGAACUAAGUAACAUACAAGUCGCAAAGCAUUGGCUAGAAAUGCUUCCAAAGACGGGACCAAUCCAGGGUGUAGUGUUUGUCAACGAUAAUGACGAGAUAGUUGUCUUGGACCGCAAUGAUCGUGUGGAGCUUCUGCAAAUAUCACCGUUCGCGCGACAAAUGGAAGCUUGCUUUGUCUUCCUUGAUGAGGCGCAUACAAGAGGCAUUGACCUCAAGCUUCCCACAAAUUACCGUGCAGCUGUUACCCUAGGCCCGGGUAUUACUAAAGACAAACUGGUUCAAGCCUGUAUGAGAAUGAGGAAACUAAGAAAUGGGCAUUCCAUCGUCUUUUGUGUUCCUCCGGAGAUACGUUUCAAAAUCAGGGAACUACGUGACAAAAGUAGCAACUCGGAAAUCAAUGUAUCAGAUGUUCUCUGUUGGGCGGUUUCCGAGACCUGGGUUGAAAUCCGACGCAGCAUACCUCUGUGGGCGGUCCAAGGUAGGCGCUUUGAGCGUCAACGCAAGAUAUGGCACGAUGUGCACCACAAAAAGUCCGGAGCCCUGAUCUCAUCUCAUGCCAAAGACUUUCUCGAGCCCGAAUGCCAGAGCCUCGAGCAACGAUAUAGACCCGGAGCUGGAGACACCAUGGCCAUCUGUGAAACAUCGGAUGUUACGGAGAAUCUGGAGUUGAUUGAAGAAAGGUGCCGAGAAUUUGAUAACCUCAAUUUGGCAUCCGCUACGCUUCAGGAAGAACAAGAACGUGAACUCGCGCCGGAGAUUGAACGCGAGCGUGAAGUUCAACGGCCGCCAGCCGUCACUCCUCAAAUACAUCAACUGCACCCGGAUUUGCACAACUUUGUAGCCACGGGCAGGAUCAAACCUAACUCUGAAGCUUACAGCCCUGCUUUCAAGACAUUGAGAAACACUUCUGCAGCAUCGUUUCUGGAUGUCUCUAAGUUCCCCUGUGACCUGCUUGUAACAAAGGACUUCGCUACCACCGUCCAGCCCUUCCAAGGCACAAAAUUUACUGCGAAUUCUUUUCAGCGGCCAGUGCGGUGGAUCCUGACAAGUGAUAAGCGCGACGCUUCAUCUGGGAAGCGAGUGGUGACAAAUAUGGUCAUAAUUAGCCCAUUCGAGGCCCAGAAUGUGAUUGAUCGUGUCGCUCUAUCAAGGCUUGUCACGCUCCAUGUCUAUACGCCGCGCCAGAACCGCAGUUUUCCUUCCUUGGAUAGACUGAUGCUUUACAAUGUAUCCAAAGAGCCCGGAGAGAUCGAAGUCCCAGAGACCCUUCGACUCCUGCUCAAUCUAUUCGCGGGACAGCUGUAUCUUGAUUCCUACUCGGAAUAUCAGCGACUAUGUGAAUUCUUGGGUGUGGCUUCGGAAAAAACGUCAGAAGGAUUGGUGGUUGCUGCGGACGGUUUCAUCCUCCAAGGGGGCAACAAAUCCAAAACUCCCUUCCAGCAGAGUCCCCUUAAGUUUCUCAGAAUUCUUCUGUCGGAGGUACGCAAGGACUGUCGAGACAUCGAUAAGACACAUCUGGGUCGGAUCGUGAACGGCCGUCUUUUGCAUCCUUCUGAGUUCGAAGAGACUCCAGAACAAUCGGGGUUGUGGGAUGAAUUACGGUCGUCUUGUCCAUUUCUCUGA